UCCUCCUCUUCGUCGACGGCCUCAUCGCCUUCUUCUCCAACGAGUUCGCCCACCUCUUCGGCCUCCGCACCCCCUGCCUCCUCUGCACCCGCAUCGACCACGUCCUUGUCCAACGCACCGCUAGCUUCUACUACAACGACUCCAUCUGCGACAUCCACAAGCGCGACGUGUCGUCCCUCGGCUACUGUAGCGUCCACCGGAAGCUCUCCGACAUCGCAGACCUGCAGCGUCUCGUUUGCCACGGAGAAGGAUUCCGACUGCGACAAGUAUAAGACGGUCGCCGAUAUCCUGAACAAGGAUAUUGAUCGCAUCGUGGACGACGAGAGGCGGACGAUGCUCAGGCGGCUGAAGAAGGAUGACGGCGACGUCGGUGGUGAUGACAGGUCUGGUCCGAAUUCGUGGUGCUCUUGCUGCGGGGAGCCGCUGAAGAUGAGGGCGUCGAAGAAGUUUUUGAGGAAUUUGUCGACGAUAUCUCUAGCUCCUGCGCCGUCCCCGAGGAUGUCGACCAGAAACGACGAGCUCCGGGCAAUGGAGACGUCGUCUCCGCGGAUGUCGUGGCUGACGAACAGGAACGAUGAUCUCCGGCGGAUAGAGACGCCGCGGUCGAGGUACACUGAGCUUAAGUUCACGUCCAACGUCGAGUUGGACGCUCCACAGAAUGACGCUGAUAAUCAAGUUGCAGCUAGCAAAGAGGACAUUCGAGCUGCAAUAACGCCAUUCUUGCAAGACUCGAAGGAUCAAGGCGAAGAUCUAAACAGAACUCCGAAUUUCAUGAGAGCAAACAAGUAUUUCGGGGAGCCGUUCGAUCCAGCUCAAGAGAGUCCUAGAUGGCUGAAUCUGAGCAGGAGCAGCAAGAAACUGAAUUUCGACAAAGUCGACACUCUUGUCGAGCCCCUCGACAUAAGCCCUCUCAACGAGGUCGACAGCGACGUUCUCAACCGUCUCAAGAAGCAAGCCCAUCUCGACCAAGACACCUUGAUGGCGGUGUACGUGGAGCUGGACAAGGAGAGGAGUGCUGCAGCUGUGGCCGCCAACAACGCGAUGGCUAUGAUCACUCGGAUCCAGCAGGAGAAGGCGGCUAUCCAGAUGGAGGCCUUGCAGUACCAGCGGAUGAUGGAGGAGCAGGCGGAGUACGACGAGGAGGCCUUGGAGCUCAUGAGGGACAUGCUCAUCAAGAAGGAGGAUGAUGUCAAGGCUCUCAGCUCUGAGCUCGAUGUCUACCGGGUGAAAUAUGGGACGAUCAACAAGUAUGGUAGCGACAUUUGUGAAGUUGACGCGGAUGAUGAUUUCCCGGAGAUGAAGUCUCAGUCGUCGGGUUUUAGUGGGAGGUUGUCAGAUUGUAAUGGUUUGGAUGGAGGUGAGCAGAGAGAGUGCGAGGAUCCUUCUCAGGGCCAUAUGGAGGGAGAGUCGUCGUUGGAUUUUGAGGGGGAGCGGUCGUAUCUUCUCGGUCUUUUGACUGAUCUGGAGAAGAAGAUGAUUUCAGAUAGAGAAUCGAGUUUCGCAGAGAUGGAGGCAAUCAAGAAUGAUGAUCAAGACAAAGAAGGAGGUCAAAACAAAGCUGUACUUACAAGAGAGGUGUCUAUGAUCAAGGAGAGGUUGAGAGUGGUUGAAGCAGAUAGUGGCUUCUUGAAGCAUGCAGCUAAGACCAUCCAGAUAGGAGAGGAAGGUGCUAAGCUUUUGAUGGAGAUAGCCGAGCACCUCCGCGCGAUUAGGCAAGGCGCGAAUCCUCUCACCCCCAAAGUGGAUGCAUGAACCUGAGUCAUUUCCUUUCCCUUCUGUUUUCCAUUACUUUCCUCCAUGUUAGAUCGUACGUACCUGAUUGCUCGUGGCUCAGCAGCACAGGUGAAGUUGCAACAGAGCUUUUCAGUC